AUGGAUAGCAUUCCCGAGUCACCGGUGAAGUCGAGCCCCCUCAUGGAGCCCGAGGAUUUCCUUCCUGAGAAUGAGACCGAUUACUCUAGUAUUAGAGGAAAGAUGGUACUAGUGAGUCCCACAGCUGAUGAGUAUGAGCUUCUCCGCAAGCAACUUCUCGAGAGGAUGGAGACAGGCAAUGGGGAGAUAAUAUAUGAUAUUGGACAAGGAGAAGAUGGUCGUGGCCUGACAGAGGACGAGUACAGUGCUUCUGUAGCGACGCUACAGUCGCUUGUGAGCGGCGAGCGCAUAUCCUGCGUCGAGCUCCGACGAUGGGACUGCGGAACCGGUAUUACUGGCCAGUAUUUACUACGUACGCAGCUGGACCACACUGAUUUCAUGGAGAUCAGAGUGGCAGUAGUGGGCAAUGUAGACGCGGGUAAAUCGACACUCCUGGGCGUGCUCACACACGGUGAGCUGGACAACGGGCGAGGGUACGCUCGACAGCGGCUGUUCAGGCACAAACACGAAAUGGAAAGCGGACGCACCAGCUCCGUUGGCAAUGAUAUCCUGGGCUUCGAUAGUAUGGGCAACGUAGUAAACAAACCUGACCAUGGUACCCUCGACUGGGUCAAGAUAUGCGAGAAGUCGUCCAAAGUGAUCACAUUCAUCGACCUGGCUGGCCAUGAGCGGUACCUGAAGACCACUGUGUUCGGUAUGACGGGACACGCACCUGACUUCGGCAUGUUAAUGAUCGGCGCUAAUGCUGGUAUAGUUGGCAUGACAAAAGAGCAUCUUGGACUAGCGCUAGCACUCUCCGUCCCCGUAUUCGUAGUUGUGACCAAGAUCGACAUGUGUCCACCCAACGUACUGCAAGAUAAUCUGAAGCUGCUCAUCAGAAUCCUCAAGUCCUCAGGCUGCAGGAAAGUGCCGGUCAUGGUGAAGACGAAAGAUGAUGUGAUCGUGAGCGCCACCAAUUUUGUCUCACAGAGGCUAUGUCCAAUAUUCCAAGUAUCAAACGUAAGUGGCGAGAACCUUGAACUACUGACCAUGUUCCUGAACCUGCUGAAGACCAGGAUGCCCUCGCACGACGACAAGCCCGCGGAGUUCCAGAUAGACGACACGUACUCAGUGCCCGGUGUGGGCACGGUGGUGUCUGGCACGACCCUGGCGGGCACCAUCCGCCUCAACGACACGCUGCUGCUGGGCCCCGACCCGCUGGGCCGCUUCACGCCCAUCACCGUCAAGAGCAUCCACCGCAAGCGCAUGCCCGUGCCCGAGGUGAGGGGGGGACAGACCGCUAGCUUUGCACUCAAGAAGAUAAAACGGUCUCAGAUACGAAAAGGUAUGGUGAUGGUAUCACCGGCGUUAAACCCCCAGGCGUGCUGGCAGUUCGAAGGGGAGAUACUGGUGCUGCACCAUCCCACCACUAUAUCGUCAAGGUACCAGGCUAUGGUGCACUGCGGCAGUAUCCGCCAGACGGCGUCGAUCCUGUCGAUGUCGCGCGACUGCCUGCGCACGGGCGACAAGGCGCUCGUGCGCUUCCGCUUCAUCAAGCACCCCGAGUACCUCAAGCGCGGGCAGAGGAUGGUAUUCCGCGAGGGUCGUACGAAAGCAGUGGGCAACGUGCUUCGGCCAGAGCCGGCGGCGCUGAAGCCGCUGCAGCGCAACACCAACAACACGCGCCACGACCGGCGCAACAACUCGCAACAACAGCCCGGACAGGCCACCGACGUGCAGCAUGCGCACCUCCAAGAAAGUGACGUAACCGCAGUAGACUCCCCAUUCGAGGUGCAGUCAGACAAACGCGGGGCAGCUGCGGGGGGCGGAGGUGGCCCCGCGGGCGGCGGGGGAGGAGGGGGGCGCCGCCCUCGCAAGCGGCACGACAAGCCGCCCGACCAGGCGCCACUCACCGCAGCCAACUAA